AUGGCGGCAUCACUGUUCACCUUCUCCUCCACUUCAAGAAGAGUCGUCCCAGCUCGAAACUCUCCUCCUCUUCCCAUAUACAUCAAAGCCACAAACGUAGUUUUCAACCCUGAUAUUCCAGAUGUUCAUCGAGAGUUCUUUCCCAAACAAGUAUGUGAGUUCUACUACACUGCAACAAUUAAUGAUGAAAACAACGUCAUCUCCGGGACUAUUGGCCGUGGCAAACACUCAGUUUUUAUUACCGCUGACCUCCUCAGUGUUGUGCUCAGGUUACCAAUCUUUGAACCAUUCUCUGAGCUUCCACCUAUUGAACGUUGUCGACGCCUCUUUGAUCAACUGGGAUAUGAUCACUCAAAGGCUGGUACUCGAUCAACUCUCAUUCUGUAUCAAUGUGUGACUCCACAAUGGAAGUUCUUCACCGGUGCUCUAUGUAAAUGUGUGGGUCACAAAUCUCACAGUGGUGAUCAACGGAGCACUUAUAAGCAACAAGUCGUUUGUUCCCUUCUUCUCAACAAAUGA